CCGACAACCGGCGAGGGCAAGGGCGCAAGGCGGGCAGCGGGAACACAGCACACGGCGGCCUGCGGCCUGACGACCGGUGCGGUGCACCGCUCGUCGGCGUGGCCGUGAGGCCUGCGCUGGCGCGGCGGCUUCCUGCCGGCGGUUGGCCCGUGUUCGGGUAGGGGGCCAUGGCCCGUCCGGCAGUGGUGUCCAGAAUGUUCAGCUCCAGCUCCCCCGUACCCUUUUUCUCUGGAUCCGCCCCUGGCUACGCCGUCUCCGGCGAGGUGGCCCAGCCACCUCUCUGCUCUGCUCCCUUGCUUCUCUUCUCUCUCCACUCUUCAGCCUGCACAAUCUGUGAAGAAAGAAACAGCCGGUGAUGCUCUCCAUUGGUCACCGGUAACUGACACCUGGGCACCACCGUUCUGUGGGACCCGCUUGCAAUCGAAGAGAAUGCUAGAACCACGCACGCCGAACCCCUAGAAACGCCACACAGAACCCUCCUCACCCCUCCUCACCCUUCACUUCGAGGCGGCGGCGGGGUGAGCUAUGGACGGCGGAGGCGCGGCGCCGCACGAUGCCGCCACGAACAUCUCCCCUGCGCCCAACGUCGCGGCCGCCCCCACCGGGAUCAGGGUUGAGAAUUGCUAUGUAUUCAAGAGCCGCUUGCAAGAGUAUGCGCAGAAAGCUGGUCUUCCAACCCCAGAGUACCAUACCCUCAAAGAGGGCCCAUCCCACGAACCAGUCUUCAAGUCCACAGUGGUCGUUAACAACACCAAGUAUGAUUCCCUGCCCGGAUUCUUCAGCCGAAAGGCUGCAGAACAGUCGGCCGCCGAAGUUGCGCUCAUGGAGAUAGUCAAGUCUGUUCCACCAACUGAAACCAAAAGCAUCCCAGCAGUACAAGAGACUGGCCUGUGCAAGAAUCUUCUUCAGGAGUACGCUCAGAAGAUGAAUUACGCCAUUCCAUCAUAUAUUUGCACUAAACAAGCUUCAGGCGUAGCUCCUUUUGUAUGCACUGUUGAGAUUGGUGGCAUACAAUACAUUGGUGCUGCAGCUAGAACAAAGAAGGAGGCAGAGAUAAAAGCUGCCCGAACAGCUCUUCUUGCAAUCCAAGGUCAAUCAGAAGGUUGUGGAAAUGGUGCCACGAAGUACAUUGUUGUUCCUGGGCAAAGGGAGGUUAAAGAGACAGAUAAAAAGCCAACUGAAACCCCCAAAUCACUCAAAGUCAAGAAAAGUGGUGGCAGAAAGAAAUGGAACAAGAGGAAAUUCAUGAGGAAGACCGACCAGAUUGUUGAUGCUGAAAAGGAUGGAGCUAGGGAGGCUGGGGAUGUUCAUGAUUCUGAUGUCCCAAUGCAGACAACAAUAACAGAAGAGCCAUCCAGAGACAGUAUAAUACUGCAUCUUGACGAUGAAGCUAGAAGAGUGGAAAUGGAGCAUCUUAGAGAUGUUGCAACCCUGCAACCUGAUAAGGAAGCUAGAAGUGUAAAUCAGGGGCUUGCAAUGCUUCUACACUCUGAGGAAGCUAUAAGAGUAGAACAUGACUUACCUAGAGACACUGCAAUGGUUCAAUCUAACAGGGAAGUUGUAAUGUUGCAAUCCGAUGAGGAAGCUAGGAAGCCACCCAGAGAUCCUGUAACGGUCCAGCCUAAUGAGGAAGCUAGAAGUGUAAAACAGGAGCCACUCAGUAGCGCUGAAGCGGCGAAGCCUAACAUGGAAGGUAGAACUGUAGAAGAGGAGUCAGCAAGAGCCUAUGUAGCAUUGCAAUUUAAUAGGGAUGCUAAAGAUGUGAAGGAGGAGCUGCCAAGCAAUACUGUAAUGAUGCAGUGUGAGGAAACAGAAACCAUAAAGCAAGAAGCACCUCAAAGUGGUGAAUUGGAGGAGCCACCUAACUAGGGAUGUAUUUUUGGAGAACUGCAAAUCUUUCUGAACAAGAAGACCAAAAUAUAUGAGACACAUUGCUGGAUGCAAAUAAGUCCAUGGGAGAUAUAUGAGCAUAAAAUAAAUUGUUGUGGUUGACUCCAAUUGUAAGGACCUUCCAAUGUUUAUAGUGUAUCGACAUGCAAAAAACUGGGAUUUCCAGUUUAGAGUGAAUUCUGGGAAAGAACAGAUGGGAGCAUGUGAACCAACGUAGUUAGUUUAUGUUUGCUAUCAUUAGCUGAUUGUAUCCCUGAUGAACUAUGUGAACCGAGGUAGGUAGAUUGUGGUCAGGAAAACUUUCUGUGUCAGAUUUGAGCGGUUGAAUUGCAUAAUCUGGUUACUGGAUGGUUGCUUAAAUGUUGCCAUUCGUUUAUUUGAA